CAGGGCUGUGUGACCUUCGAGGAUGUGUUCGUGUACUUCUCCCGGGAGGAGUGGGAGCUCCUUGAGGAAGCUCAGAGACUCCUGUACCGUGAUGUGAUGCUGGAGAACUUUGCACUUGUGUCCUCACUGGGACUUGCCGUUUCCAGGUCUCAUGUAGGUACCCAAAUGGAGCCGGAGGGGAGCCCAGGGUGCCUGAGAAGGUAAACACAGCUCCAGCUACAGCAAAGAAGACUUGGAGGAGGCCUGGCGCUGGUUGAUGGCACGGAGUGAAGGAGAAGGCUGCACCCUCUGAGCAGGGUGUUUCUGUGAGUGUCACAGAUGGGAACUCCCAAGGCAGGUCCUUCCACCCGAAAAGCUCAUUCCUGUGACAUGUGUGACCCGGUCUUGAAAGACAUCUUUGCACCUGGCUGAGCCACAGGGAACACCAUCUGAGCAGCACCCAAACACCAUCAUGUGAGUCACUGUAGGAGAGACUUCUGGUGUCGUAUAGACCUUAACCAGAUGCAGAAGCUGAAGAGUGGAGAAAAUUUCUUCAGAAAGGAAAGGAGCCAGGCCUGAUUUGUGAAUAUCUGCAGAUCCCAUGUGUUGGAGAAGGCCUUUACUUGUAGGGAGGGUGGGAAGAACUUUGUGGUCAGCUCUGGACUUUCCAGCACCAUGCUCCUCUCACUGGGGAGAAACCACACAGGGGCCCUGAGUUUGGGGAGGCCUUUUGUGUAUCAGAUUUCCUUUAGGCAAGAAAGCACAACCUGAGACCAGAAAGCCUUCCACUUGUUGGAACCAGCCUCACUCCAGGGUUGGUCAUCUCAAGGGACUCUUCGUUGUGGUGAACUGGGAAACAUCAAGGGCCAUUGGAGAUGCAGGAAAGGCACCUGAGCCUGGGACACUUUCCCACAAGGAGAGUCUCCCCAGGAAGCCCCCAAAGUCAGAGAGGCGAAGCAGCUCCCCCAGGAUUAAAGACUGGAUCACGUGCUGGAGACCUCUGAGGACGUGGCUUUGUCCCAGGUGACCACAGAAAUAUGGGUGCGUCCCCCUUUAAGAGGAGCUUUGGCACUACUGGACCACCGUAUUUCUCCGUAAUCUUUCUCCUCCAAGCGGCCUUCGCCCCGGGCGGCUUUGCAGUUGCCAGGAAAAACCGGAAUAAUGCCCAUUGCCUCGUGGAUGCAGGGUACCAACUACAUUACCCAGAAAUCUGUGCUCGUCGCAUAGACGCCGUGCCAAUGACAGCCCAGAAGAGAGGCGUUUCCCGUCUCCCGGCGCCGCUGAGGAGGGACUUCCGGCAUCGACAUCGUGACGUCUUUUGCCUGUGCCAGGAUUAUCCGCACUGGCGGCAGAGGCUCCGGGACUGGGGCGGGUCCGCUUCCCACGCGGCUGUUCGGAACCGAGCAGGGGAGGACGGUAAAAUUCACGCCUUUGUUGCCCUCCAUGAGCCCCGUCGUGGGAUCGGCUGCCUUGCGCGGAGGUGUCCUCCGGGGCUGCGCCCUUCCCGAGGCCUUCGCAUCCGCACUCUGUCCUCGUACGCCCCCGGCCGCGGCGCCCUAAGCCUGUGCGCCUUUUCACACGGGGAGACGAGCUCUGAGGGCGCCGGACGCCCCCAAGGUCUCCCCGUCUAGUGGAGCUUUGGGGUUCCGGCUGAGCCCGCAGGGCCUGCCCGGUUUGCCCGCUUCUCACGACCCGGUUCUGCUCACAGGAUCCCAUGGCGGCCCUGGCGCUGAUGGACGGGGCUCAGGGCUGUGUGACCUUCGAGGAUGUGUUCGUGUACUUCUCCCAGGAGGAGUGGGAGCUCCUUGAGGAAGCUCAGAGACUCCUGUACCGUGAUGUGAUGCUGGAGAACUUGGCACUUGUGGCCUCACUGGGCCGUUGGCGUGUAACAGAUGAUGAGGAGACUCCUUCUGAGCAGAGCAUUUCUGUAGGAGUGUCGCGGCUCAGGACUCCCGAGUCAGGUGCAUUUAUCCAGAAAGCCCACCCAUGUGAGGUGUGCGACCCACUCUUAAAAGACAUUUUGCACUUGGCCGAACACCAGGGAUCACACCCCCUGCAGAAACUGUACACACAUGGCCCGUGUGGGAGAGGAUUCUUGUUCAGUGCAAACUUUUACCAGCACCAAAAGCGAUAUAGUGGAGAGGAUCUCUUCAGAGGGGAUGCUGGUGGGGCCUCAUAUAUGAAGAGCUGUGCAGUCCACAUGUUAGGGAGACCAUUUACUUGCAGGAAGGAAGGGGUGGACUUGGUGGACAGCUCUGGCCUCUUCCGUUGCCAGACUCCUGGCCAUGAGAUUAUUCCAUACAAAAGGACUGAGUUCAUGGAAUCUUUCCCGCACAGCGCCAGUCUUGGCCAACACCAGGGAGACCAUGAUGGACUGGUGCUUUUCAGUUGCACUGACAAUGGGAAGGGCUUGCUGAAUACCUUUACUCUCCUUGGCAACCAGAUAAGUCAUAGUGAAGUAAGACCUUUUAGAUGCCUACCAUGUGGAAAUAUGUCCAAGGAGAAAUUAGCACUUACUAAUCACAGAAGAGUGCACAGUGGAGAAACAUCACAUGUGUGUAAAGAGUGUGGAAAGGCCUUCAUUCACCUGUCUCACCUAAAAAUGCACCAGAAAUUUCACAGUGGAAAAAGACAUUACACAUGCAGUGAAUGCGGGAAGGCCUUCAGCCGCAAAGACACACUUGUUCAGCACCAGAGAGUUCACACUGGAGAAAGGUCUUACGACUGCAGUGAGUGUGGAAAAGCCUACAGCAGAAGUUCCCACCUCGUUCAACACCAGAGAAUUCACACUGGCGAAAGGCCUUAUAAGUGCAGUGAAUGUGGAAAAGCCUUCAGCCGUAAAGAUACACUCGUGCAGCACCAGAGAUUUCACACUGGAGAAAGGCCUUACGAGUGCAGCGAAUGUGGGAAAUUCUUUAGCCAAAGCUCCCACCUUAUUGAGCACUGGAGAAUUCACACUGGGGCAAGGCCUUAUGAAUGCAUUGAAUGUGGAAAGUUUUUUAGCCAUAACUCAAGCCUCAUUAAACAUCGGAGAGUCCACACAGGAGCAAGGUCUUAUGUGUGCAGCAAAUGUGGGAAAGCUUUCAGCUGCAAAGACACACUUGUUCAGCACCAGAUAAUUCAUACUGGAGCAAGGCCUUAUGAGUGCAGCGAAUGUGGGAAAGCCUUUAGCCGGAAAGACACACUUGUGCAGCACCAGAAAAUCCACACUGGAGAAAGACCUUAUGAGUGUGGUGAAUGCGGGAAAUUUUUUAGCCAUAGCUCCAACCUUAUUGUACACCAGAGAAUUCACACUGGUGCGAAGCCUUAUGAGUGCAGCGAAUGUGGAAAAUGCUUUAGCCACAAUUCCAGCCUCAUUCUACACCAGAGAGUUCACACCGGAGCAAGGCCUUAUGUGUGUAGUGAAUGUGGAAAAGCCUACAUUAGUAGCUCCCACCUUGUUCAACACAAGAAAGUUCACACUGGAGCAAGACCUUAUGAAUGCAGUGAAUGUGGGAAAUUCUUUAGUCGAAACUCUAGCCUCAUUCUACAUCAGCGGGUUCACACCGGAGAAAAGCCUUACGUGUGCAGCGAAUGUGGAAAAGCCUACAGUAGAAGUUCCCAUCUUGUUCGGCAUCAGAAAAUUCACACUGGAGAAAAGCCUCAUGAAUGCAACAGUUUUGGUGGUCCUUUAGCUACAUCUCUGAAACUUGUUUAGCGCCAGAAAGCUCACACUAGAGAAAGGCCUUAUGAAUGCAAAAAAUGCUCCAUCUCCUCGUUUGACCUGAUAGGAUUCACACCUGAGAAAAUCUCUGUGAGUACCCUUUGUGAGGGAACCAUCAGCCAGCAGGUGAACCUUGUACAUUCAUACAGGUAUCAUGGAGAGAUUCCCAAUUAGUACCACAUAGGUGGGAAGCUUUCGUGAGGUGCAUUGCACUUUCUAAAUUAUCCAGGGCUCUUGACAGAGUUAAAUCACUGCCAGUGCCUGUGGCGGAAGCCAUCUCAUUGCUACCAGUUGUUAAAGGUCCCACGGUGUGUGUCAGUCACUCUGGUAUGCUCAGGGAAGGCAGACCCCUGUGCUCCCCUCUCUGUUCUCUGGAGGGAAUCAUGAGUGUUCUGAGCCCAGUGAGGUCCUCACUUCCUCCCCCAUGACUGGAUUCUGAGUGGACAUGAUCCAGCUCUGGCUAAGAGGAUCUGAACUGGAGUCUGCUGGGGAUUUCCAGACAAGAUUUCUCUUCAUGAACAGUGUUGACUAUAAACACAAUAACCACAAACUCAUUUGUCUUCUUCUAAAUCACCCAUCUUUAGAACUGCUUGCCCCAUGCUGCUCUGAAUAGUGCAGUGACACAGGCCUGCUCUGGCAAUCUUUACUCUUGUGUGUGGUGGGAUCUAUUCACUGUGUGGAAUGGAUUAAGAAAAAGUUGGGUUCUUCCACCAUGAAGGGAGGAACACCUGUUGUCUGCAUCUACUGUGUGUGCCUCAGAAGGGUCAGCAGGAUGGCAGAGAACAGAUCGCGGUCUAGCUGGCCUAAUUUGCAUUGUGCCCAACGUUUGCUAGAAAAGAGCGAAGAGCUUUGGGUGCCUCAUCAUGUGGCCUGGAAGGCAAGAUUUCCUGUGAGCCCAGAGUUCAUUUCUGAGGAGGGCAUAGUUGGUGUGAAAAAUCUCCAGUGCUUCUGGAAACAUGAAUCGGGUCUCUUGUUCCUGGGGAAUCUCCCAUACUCCCCAGCACUUUUGAGGGAUUUCUGUCUGCUAGAUCAGCAUAGGAGCCAGUCCCUGAUGUCCAGAAUCCCAUAGGCAAGCGUCAUUGACUGGAAGGCCCACAGGGCAAGGUGGGGCUCAUAAUUGGUACAGAACACUGAGAUUAUGGAGUGGGGAUGAAUGUGGCCAGUGAGGAUAGGUGUCUUUUCUAGCAGAGGCAUCUUCAAAUGUCCAUAUGAUUUUGGUGGGAUGAGAGUAUAGAAAUUCUCAGGACCUUUGAAAUCUGUAUCCCCUGUGGCCAAGGCCACUGUCAGUGUCUAAAGGUUUGUGGAUUCCUGUACCUCCCUGGGCUGUUGAUGUUAUGGCCAUCACUACACAGGCAGGAACCUCAGCACGGACGUAAGAGAGAUCCGAGGAUAGGGCUUCUCUGACCCACUAGCAUUCCUAGUGACUGAAGUGGACAUGCAUUUCAUUGCUCUCCAGUUUUUGCUGACAUUGAGUCAGGGUUCAUCCUCCUAAAUUGGGAGAGGGAUAUGGGAGAACCAAAAUAGUUGGCAGAUGUGACUUUCUAAGAGGGAUGGUAAAUAGGGACUUUAUGGGGAACAUUUAGUUCUCAACUUUAUCGUGGUAUGAUUGACAUGAAAUAAACUGCACAUAUUAAAGUGUGAAAUGUGUUGUUUCAGCAUGUGUAUAUACUUGUGAAACCAUCACCACCAUCAAGAUAAUGAACAUAUUCAACACAACCAAAAGAUUCCUUGUGUCCCUUUAUAAUCCUGUUGUCUCAGUCUUUCUAAUACCCCUUCCCACAAUUCAUAAACAAGCAUUUUCUAGAAUUUUAUGUGGACAGAAUCAUGUGGUAUAUACGUUUGGGGAAGUGGGGACUCUAGCCCUUCUCACUAUCCAUAACUAUUUUGAAAUUAAUCCAUCUUGUUGCAUGUAUCAAUAGGUUGUUCAUUUGUAUUGUUGAGUAUUAUCCCAUUGUAUGCAUAUACCACAAUUGUUUUUUAUCCAUUCAGCUACUAGUGGAUGUUUGGGUUGUUUCCAGUGUGGGGCUACAAAUAAAGCUGCUCUGAAGAUCUGUGUGCAAGUUAUCACUUAAUAACAUUUCAUUAUAUAAAUAUACCAGAGUUUGUUUAUCUGUUCACCUACUGAAGGACAUCGUGGUUGCUUCCAAGUUUGGCAGUUAUGAAUAAACCUGCAAUAUACAUUUGUGUGUAAAUUUUGUGU